AUGUCUUCCGAUCUGUCCUGGGUGCACGAAUACUGCCUUGCCUGCGAUAGGCAAACAGAUGGUGCCACCUACUGCUCAGAGUCCUGCAGACUAUCCGACUUCGAGCACUCGUCUACUACGAGCACACCAGCGAGCUCGCCAGGCGCCAGCGGCCCGUCUACCUUCAACUGGACAGCUCCCAGAAGCCAGUCCAAGUUCUACCUGCCUCCAGCCUACGACUUCAGCAACGCCCAGCCAUAUGGCUCGACACCCAUGCCCCAGUCCCGUCUAUCUCGACACUCCGAGUCGUCGACUUCGUCAACCCACAUCCUCACGCCCUCGAGCUCGCACAGCAGCCUAUGCUCCCUGCGUAGCACCUCGUCGUCUGGAAGCGAAAGUACACAGUUGUCGGUCAAGGCGAAGCAACAGCUAAGAGACUACGCCAGUUCCUUCGAAAACGCCAGGGUCCAACAACGAAGACGAUCACAUUAG